AUGGAAACCACGGCAACCAUCAGCACCACGGCAACCAUCAGCACCAAAGACUGGGAUGUCUCCAGAGAGUUGGGUCUCUGUCCAAACUGCCCCUGUGUCAAAAACAGGCCUCUCCUCUGUCCCUGUGAUGUGGUUGGUGGGACCUGUGUGUUCUGUGGUGUUACUGAUUCUGCUGCUGCUUCUGUGGAGCUGCACCAAAACAAAAGUGAGAAUGUUGAAGGAGGAGAAUCCCCAGAGCAGCAGCAGCUGUACUCAUCUCUUCUGCACGGUUUGUACCACAUAUUAUUUACCUUUUAA